UUUGGGGGGAGAAAAUAGCCACUGCACCGCUUUGGAAGGUCAUUCGUAUCAAAAUGGCUGCAAUGUUGAAAAACGUGCGGCUUGCCGUCUCUUUGAAUCGUCUGUGCCUCAGAAGUCAGAUAUGUAAACUUACGACAGCAGCUUAUUCACACAAAUAUCAUUGGAGAAUAUCUACAAAUUCCAAUACGCAGAGUAUCCUGUCUAACACGAAGGUGAAUAGUUUCCCUUUGGUCAGGACAUACGGCAAGAGUGGUCCUCCCCUUACAUUGAAACUCAUCGAGGAAAGAAUAUUACUCACUCUCAAGCUCUAUGAUAAAAUUAAUCCAGAAAAGCUUGAACUUAAUUCACAUUUUAUGAAUGAUCUUGGACUUGACAGUUUGGAUCAUGUGGAGAUCAUUAUGGCUGUCGAAGAUGAAUUUGGUUUUGAAAUUCCUGAUGUAGAUUCUGAACGACUGCUAACCCCACAAGAUAUAAUUCGUUAUGUAGCAGACAAGGAGGAUGUUUAUGAUUGAACAAGAUUUUUCCCUAGACACUAGAUGAGAGAAGCAUGCAGCUGUGUAGAGUACCAUCGGAACAAUUAACACAAGAGACUUGAUAUAACAGACUGAUCACUGUGUUUUUCCUUCUUUUUGUGAAGGAUUUGUGUGAAUUUUAUUGGGAUCACAGUAAAACUCUUAAAUUGAUAUUGAAAGUUGAAUCUGCCUCUGAAAUGGAUGAGUGACAGAACGUGGGGCUAAAGGACUUUUCACGAGUGUUUAUAAUGUAUGCAUCAGUAUAAUUAUGAAUUAAAUCUGUUGAGAGUAGGAAG